AUGGACAGCAAGCAGUCAUCAUGGAAAGGAUCACUCCUGCUGCUGCUGGUGUUAAACCUCCUUCUCUGCAAGAAUGUGGCUGCCAGCCCUGCCUGUGCAGGUGGGGCUGCGAACUGCCGCUUGAGCCUCCAAGACCUGUUCACCCGUGCAGUCGCCCUGUCUGACAACAUCUAUAAAGUUGCUGAAGACACAUUCAGGGACUUUCAAAAAACAUAUGCCACUGGUCAGGAGUUCAUUUCCAGGGCCAUCAACAGCUGCAGCACUUCUUCCAUUCCUACUCCAGUGGACAAGGACCAAGCCUUAAAUAACAAGGUAACUCUUAAGCCCAGGUUUUCCACCAAAACAGCUGAGGCAGCAUUCUAG